CUCCUUAAUUGCUUCUUUCUUUCCUUUUGCAAAAUAGACAAAGAAAGGUGACUAAGUGGAGUAUUAUGUGAAACCCUUAAGAACCUGAAGAAAAGAUCUCUGAAGAAGAGCCAAAUAACAAGAAAAAUGCUCCGUAGAUUCAUUGUUUCCCCUUAUGAACGCCUUUAUAGGGCAUGGGAGAUUUUCCUGGUGGUACUAGUGAUUUAUACAGCUUGGAUGUCCCCUUUUGAGUUGGGAUUUCUUAAGGAACAAGAAGGACCACUCUCCAUAAUUGACAAUGUUGUCAAUGCAUUCUUUGCAAUUGAUAUAAUACUCACCUUCUUUGUAGCAUAUCUGGAUAAAACCACGUACCUACUUGUUGAUGAUCACAAGCAGAUUGCUUGGAAGUAUGCAAGAACUUGGUUUGUAAUUGAUGCCAUAUCAACAAUUCCUUCUGAACUUGCUCGCAAGAUUACCCCAACUCUGGUACGUCAAUAUGGCUUAUUCAAUUUGCUACGUGUCUGGCGUUUACGAAGAGUUGUUGUCUUGUUUGCCAGAUUGGAACAAGAUCGGAAUUUCAAUUUCUUUCGGGUUCGAAGAGUGAAGUGUGUAUGUGUCACUAUUUUUUUCGUUCACUGCGCUGGAUGUUUUAAUCAUCUAAUUGCAAUUAAUUAUCCUAAUCCAACCAAGACAUGGAUCGGACAUUCCAUGGAUGACUUCCUUAAUAAGGAUAUCUGGAUUCGUUAUGUCACUGCUAUUUAUUGGUCUAUAGCUACUCUCACUAGAGUAGGCUAUGGUGAUUUGCAUCCAAUGAACACACGAGAGAUGAUAUUCAACAUUUUCUACAUGCUUUUUACCUUUUGCUUGAAAGCGUAUUUGAUAGGAAAUAUGACCAAUUUUGUGAUCCAUGGAACAAGUAGGACUAAUCAAUCUGUAACUUGUCGGGAUCCACUGCCGGAGACAGAGCACAUGUUAACCCAUGCUAAAAUCUUUCCAACAAGAGUUACAGUAAGUUGCCCUGAAAAGGGGGAUAUUACAGGGGACCUUAUUUUAGUUACACGUAGCUUUCAAGAGCUGCUAGACAUUGGUUACAAAAUAUAUGGGAUCAAGCAGGCCAAAGUGCUGAUCAACGACUGGGCUGAAAUUGAUGACUUUGAGUUGAUUAGAGAUGGUGAUCAUUUAAUUUUUGUUAGUGAUCAAGUGAAUGCUGAACCUAACAACUAAAUAUUGAUAACCUAAACUAAAUUAAAGUAUCUAUAUAUUAACAAGCAAAAUCAAAAUCAAGAAAAGAAGGAACAGAUCGAUGCAGAUGCAGACAUGAACAAAUGAAAUUGAAAGAACAUCGGUGUUGUCAAAAUAAGGAUAUGGACUAGUUGACUGGCCUUUUGUUAUUUUGACUGAGUAUAAAUGGUCUGGGCUGAUCCAUGACAUUGGGCUUUCAUUUGAAAAUGAAGAAGAUUGGGCUUCUGUCUAAAACGACCAGCCCACUGUCCACAAAUCUGAUUUUCUUUUACCCUUCAACAUUUUCUACAUAGUAUUCUUUUCUCUUUCUAGAAACAAUGAGGUGUACAGAUUAUUUUUGUUAAAGGUACAAUGAGUUGUACAGUUUGUUAGAGGUCACUAUCUAGGUUUAGAUAAUUAAUUUUUUAGUCCUAGGACUUUUGAUUAUUUACACAGUUUAGUAGCUUAGGAUUUGAAUAUUUGCACAACAAGUGGCUUAAACACUUGUAUAAAU